ACAAAUAUAUUUUUUAAAAACAAAGUGUGGUCCGUGGACCAGUAGCAGCUGCGCCCAAGUGCUUGUUAGAAAUGCAGAAUUGCAGGCCCCUUCCCAGACUUCCUAAAGCAGAACCUGAAAUUAAAGUUCCCCAGGUGCUUUCUAUGAACAUCACAAUUUGAAAAGCACUAAGAUUUCUUGAGGAGGGCGAGCUUGAAGGCCAUGAUGAAUAUGAGGGAGGAGGGCCGGACGGGGAAGGGGCCUGAGGAUUCUCUUGGAGCGCCUGGACAGCGCGGGCAAGGAGCGCAAGGUGGCCUCUGCCGGGCAGCCCCGAACAAGGGGACAAAAUCAACCGCGCAGGGCUUGAGGUCGCCGGAAGAGAGGGCGCUGGUCUGCCGCCGCUGCCACGAACCGCCCCUUCUCCCGCAUCCGCCCCUACCCGCCAGCGCGGGGCUUCUGGCCGGCCACCGGCCGUGCCCGAUUGGGUUCGACGGGCCCAGUUCGGCUGCUAAGGCCUGGAGCUCCCGGGAGCGGGGGUGGGCCCGACUGCUGGCAGCCAAUCGGGAGGCGGGAGAAGGCUGGCUGCUCGCCCUCUGGGCGCGGCGUCACCGGACUCGCCGCCGCGCGGGCUCAGGUUAGCUGUAGGUUCCUGCCUCGGCCCUGGCCCGGCCGGCUCUCCGCCUGCGGCAGGACGCGGAGGACAGCACUCAGUGAGCCCGUAGCGUCGGAAGCGCAGGUGACCCGAGUGAUCCGGCAGCGCCACCCGGCGGGACGCUUCGGCCGCCCAAGGACCUUUGGACUCGAUCGGUUUCCCUCGUUGGGGUGGCCACAGGGCCGCAGGGAUUUGUGGACUUUGUAGUUCCGGAUUCUGCGUGGAACCCAGGCUGGAGCCCCACAGGGAUUUUUGGAGGAAACAAGAACUUUGAGGCCCAGGUCCCGGAAGGACAGGAAAGGAGUCUAAAUAAGAAUCUGCCGUUAGCAUUGUUUUGAUUAUUUUUCAGGUCUGACCUGAAUCUGGUCCAUCUCUUUCCGAUCCAAACUGUUUACCCACGGGGGAGGGGAGCAGACAGCGAAAUGGAGACGCUACCAAUCAAUCCAGUGGGAGAGGAAAGCACCUCUGAACCGCAACAACAAUGCGGAGGGAACCCCAAGAAGAGCCUUCAUCCAACUGCUCAAACUAGGCAGCAGCCCCAAGAGCCUGGAGUUCUCGAGCUGAGAAUGAGCCCAGCUCCCAGCCAACUUCUAGAGGUUCCUCCAGGGGCUGGAAAGCUGGCUGCUGCGCUCGAAGGAGACGCCGAGAAGCCCCGUGGAUCGGCUGGUGAGAUGCCAGAGCCGCUCCGCGCUCCGGAUCUCUGGGACUGUCCGGAUGGGAGCUUUGUCAAGAAGAUCGUGAUCCGUGGCCACGGCUUGGACAAACCCAAGCUGGGCUCCCGCUGCCGCGUACUGGCUUUUGGGUUUCCUUUUGGGUCAGGGCUGCCAGAGGGCUGGACAGAGCUAACUAUGGGCUUAGGCUCGUGGAGGGAGGGGACCUGGGGGGAGCUCACGGAGAAAUGUUUGGAGUCCAUGUGUCAGGGUGAGGAGGCGGAGCUGCAGCUCCCUGGGCACUCGGGACCUCCUGUCCGGCUCACACUGGCUUCCUUCACUCAGGGCCAGGACUCCUGGGAGCUGGAGGCCAGCGAGAAGGAGGCCCUGGCUAGGCAAGAACGUGCGCGGGGAACAGAGUUAUUUCGAGCUGGGGACCCAGAAGGGGCUGCCCGAUGCUACGGACGGGCUCUUCGGCUGCUGCUGACUUUACCUCCACCUGGCUCUCCAGAGCGCACUGUCCUUCAUGCCAACCUGGCUGCCUGUCAGUUGCUGCUGGGACAGCCCCACCUGGCCGCCCAGAGCUGUGACCGGGUGCUGGAGCGGGAGCCUGGGCAUGUGAAGGCCUUGUACCGAAGGGGGGUUGCUCAGGCUGCCCUUGGAAACCUGGAAAAAGCAACUGCUGACCUCAAGAAGGUGCUGGCAGUCGAUCCAAAAAACCGGGCAGCCCAGGAGGAGCUGGGAAAGGUGCUCUUUCAGGGGAAGAAACAAGAUGCAGGACUGGCUCAGGGUCUCCGCAAGAUGUUUGGCUGAUUAAAAGUUAACCCUUAAAAGGGACAGAAACCUGUGAA